UUUUGGCGUUCUGUUUUUUUAUUUUAUUUUUGGCGUUUUGUUUAGAGGCGUUAAUUUGAAUAUUUUCUCGUUUAAAAAUCGAUGAGCAGACAGGUUUUGUGUUUUUUUUGUAUUUUUGUUGAGUAAUCUUUAAUUUCUGGUCCCUGAAUUUUGUGUUUUCCGGAAAUGUUUUGUGUUUUUAAUCUGUGUUUUCUUUUGUAUUUUAAAAAAUCAGAAUUAAUGUGUUUUUAUGUGUUUUAUUUUUAAAUGUAUUUUCUUAAAAUCAGAAUUAAUGUAUUUUUCUGUAUUUUCUAUUUUGUGUUUUUAUCAGAAUUUAUCUAUUCUGAUUUAUUUAAAUAAUUCGUGUUUUGUAUUUUUCUUUUGUAUUUUUAAAAAUCAGAAUUUGUGUGUUUUCGAAGUGUUUUAUUUUUAAAUGUAUUUCUUAAAAUCAGAAUGUGUUUUUUUGUGUUUUUUUUUGUAUUUUUUAUCAGAAUAAAUGUAUUUUUCUUUUGUAUUUUUAUAGACUAAAAUUUGUGUUUUUUUAUAUCUAUCAGAAUUUGUGUAUUUUUUUUUAUAUUUUCUAUCAGAAUUAAUGUGUUUUUCUUUUGUAUUUUUUAUCAGAAUUUAUGUGUUUUCUUUUGUAUUUUUAAUAGACUAAAAUUUGUGUUUUUUUUAAUUUUUCAGAAUAUUUUCAGAAUUAAAUUAAAAAUAUGUUCCACAAUAUUGCCCCAAUUGCCAUGCCUUCAUUACCAACUUCCAAAGACAAAUAUGAACAACAAAAUAAAAUCGAAAGUGCCAUUCUUUCUUCAAUAAAUGAAAUUGUCCAAACAACAAAAAAUUCUUUGGAUCAAAAAAUAAUUUUAAAUAUGUCAAAUUCUGAUAUUUUAGGUCUUGUGAAAUCUUUGGAUGGAUUUUUUGCUCACGGUUUAAUUAAAAUGGAUAAAUGUUAUUGGUCUUUUGUUAGAGAAUUAAUUCCGAGUGAAGAAAGAAUUGAUUUGAAACAAAAAUGGAAUUGUUCUAAUAGAAGGGAAUUGUCGUUAGCGUGGCUGAAGGAUUCGUUGAAUAGACGUACUUUACAAUUCCAAAUGUUUGGUUUUAUUGCCUGUAAUGAUUCACUCAAAAAAUUACAUUAUGAAAGAAAUUCUUGUUUACGAAAUUUAAUUUUGCUUAAACGUGUUUGUUUAUAUUUGGAUGAUAUUGCUGAAUUUGAAUUUUGUAUUGAGCCUCCCUAUGUUUUUCGAAUAGAAGAUACACCAAUUGCUGUACCUCUAAUUUCAUCCCCAAUAGACGGGACAAUGUCUCCAGUUCAAUCAACAAUAAGUGAUUCUCCAAUAUUUAAAGGAAUUAAUUUAAAUAAUAAUUCGAUUGCAAUGAAUAUACACAGAAAAAGACGGGAAAGUGCUGCUAAAAUAUCUACAAGUUUUUUUUUAAUUUUGGGGAAUUUUUGGUUUAAAAUUAAUUUUUUAGAUGGCUCUUUUUGUGAAAUUUCUCGUAAUUCUUAUUUGGAAGGGCUAGUAGAUGAUUUACCAGAAGUUGAUAUUACUAAAUUAACAGCUGGGGAAACUUCUGUUCAGAGUGCGAAAGAACAGAGUUAUAUUUUGGAUCAAAUGCUUCGAAAUAAACGUAAAGGUUUUGCUUCAUACAAUACCAAUCCAAAUUUUAUUUUUGAUGAUGAAGAGGAGGAGGAAGAAGAAAAAGUUGAAGAAGCUGGAGAAUGUUUAAAUUCUUUAAUUCCUGAGGAUCCGUGUACAAGUACAAAAAAUUGGAUUGAAUUGAAAGCAGAAGAAGAAAAUGGAAGCAAAGCUGAGGAGAAUGUAAGAAAAUUUGAAUUAUAUCAGACUGGGUAUCAAAAAAAUCAUGUGGAGUUUCAAAGAAAUACUCAACAAAGACAAUCAAAUUUUGUAGCAGAUGAUUCAAUUUCGUCUACUACUACACGUGAAGAUGAUGAAUUGAGUCAAUUAAAUGAAAACGAAACUUUGUUGGAAGGAGAAAUUUUGUGAGGAUUUUAAAAACACUUGUCUGUUAAUUGUAAGAUUUGAAUGCUGGACGUGGGUAUAGAGCCUUGAUUUUUUAAAAGUAGUUGAUCCGAUCUCUUUUCAACUUUUUUUUAUAUUUUACGAAGGGAACUGUUAAAAAUUUACCUCUCUGAGUUCUAAUUUUUUCCUUUACCCGUUUCGGGUUACAUGCAGGGGUGUCUGCAAAUGAAAAAAAUUUUCCGCAGUCCGCAAUUUUUAUUUUAAAAUCCGCAAGUCAAAAAACCACGCAAUCCGCAAUUGCGGACACUCCUGGUUCCAUGCUUGGUUUGGAGGUUUAUAUUUAGAAACCGAACUCGAUUGAGAUCGUUGAAUGUUAUUUCAACUCGUUCUUUUUCCUUUCAAAAAUAUCCAGAG